CCCAUCUCUAGGUUACUCUCUCACUCUCCCUUUCCUUAUUAUUUUAAUCUAUUAAAACCUCUGUGGAGUACGUUUGUGUAAAGCUUUGAUUUGGUUCGUUUAUGGGUUUUCACUUGAGAUCUCGUGUAAAGUUCAAUCUUUUCAUCAGUAACCAAAACUGGGUUAAAUUCUGAGAUUUGGAGCAGCAAAAGUAACAAAUCAUGGCAACACUUAAAGAUAUCGGUGUAGCAGCAGGGAUAAACAUCCUCACUGCACUCAUUUUCUUCAUAAUCUUUGCUGUUCUGAGGCUUCAGCCAUUCAACGACAGAGUCUACUUCUCUAAAUGGUACCUCAAGGGGUUAAGAAGUAGCCCUGCAAGUGGAGGGUUUUUGAAUCUGGACUUGAGAGCAUACCUCAAGUUCUUGCAUUGGAUGCCUGAAGCUCUUAAGAUGCCUGAGCGUGAGCUGAUUGAUCAUGCUGGUCUAGACUCUGUUGUUUACCUCCGUAUCUACUUGCUGGGGCUUAAGAUUUUUGCUCCAAUAGCAAUACUUGCCUGGGCAGUUCUUGUACCGGUCCAUUGGACGAACAACACGUUGGAGUUGGCUAAGCAGUUAAAGAAUGUAACUGCAAGUGAUAUUGACAAACUGUCUGUUUCAAAUAUCCCACAGUUUUCAAAAAGGUUUGCCACUCAUAUUGUAAUGGCUUACGCCUUCACAAUCUGGACUUGUUACAUGCUUAUGAAGGAGUAUGAGAUAAUUGCUAACAUGAGGCUUCAGUUUCUGGCCUCGGAAGCUCGUCGACCUGACCAGUUCACUGUUCUUGUUAGGAAUGUUCCUCCGGACCCAGAUGAAACCGUAAGUGAGCUUGUGGAGCAUUUUUUCCUAGUCAAUCACCCUGAACACUACCUCACACAUCAGGUGGUAUGCAAUGCAAACAAGCUAGCUGAUUUGGUUGAUCAAAGGAAGAAGUUGCAGAACUGGCUAGACUACUAUCAACUCAAAUACUCUAGAAACAACUCUCAGAUUAGACCUAUGGUGAAGCUUGGCUGCCUUGGCUUGUGUGGACAAAAAGUUGACGCAAUUGAACAUUACAUGGCUGAAGUUGAUAAAACAUCAAAAGAGAUUGCUGAAGAAAGGGAGAAUGUAGUGAAGGAUCAAAAGUCAAUCAUGCCAGCAUCUUUUGUCUCUUUCAAGACCCGUUGGGCUGCUGCUGUCUGCGCUCAGACCACACAGACCCGAAACCCAACCGAAUGGUUAACUGAAUGGGCCCCAGAGCCACGUGAUGUGUUUUGGCCAAACCUUGCAGUGCCAUAUGUUUCUUUGACUAUAAGAAGAUUGGCUAUGAGUGUAGCCUUCUUCUUCCUCACUUUCUUCUUCAUCAUCCCUAUUGCAUUUGUGCAAUCUCUUGCUACUAUUGAGGGAAUUGAGAAAGUUGCACCCUUCUUGAAAGUCAUCAUCGAACAUGGCUUCAUUAAAUCGUUGAUAACAGGUUUGCUAUCUGGUCUUGUGCUGAAGCUUUUCCUCAUCUUUCUGCCAUCCAUUCUGAUGACCAUGUCUAAGUUUGAAGGCUUUACAGCGAUUUCAUUGUUGGAAAGACGAUCAGCGUCUAGAUAUUACAUAUUCAACUUAGUGAACGUCUUUCUUGCAAAUGUUAUCGCUGGAGCUGCGUUUGAGCAGCUCAACUCUUUCCUCAACCAGUCACCAAAUCAGAUUCCUCAAACCAUUGGUGUGGCGAUACCAAUGAAAGCAACCUUCUUUAUCACAUAUAUAAUGGUUGAUGGGUGGGCAGGAAUUGCAGGAGAGAUUCUCAUGUUGAAACCUCUCAUUAUAUACCAUCUCAAAAACGCUUUCUUGGUGAAAACAGAGAAAGACAGAGAGGAAGCAAUGGACCCUGGAAGCAUUGGUUUCAACACAGGAGAGCCGCAGAUACAGCUUUACUUCCUUCUCGGUCUUGUCUACGCUCCUGUCACACCAAUGCUUCUUCCUUUUAUCUUAGUCUUCUUUGCACUUGCUUACGUUGUGUACCGUCAUCAGAUCAUAAAUGUGUAUAAUCAAGAGUAUGAGAGCGCUGCUGCGUUUUGGCCAGAUGUUCAUGGACGUAUUAUAACGGCAUUGAUCAUAUCUCAGUUGCUUCUGAUGGGUUUGUUGGUUACAAAGCGUGCUGCUUUAGCUGCACCGUUUAUCAUCGCUCUUCCAGUGAUCACCAUCGGUUUCCACCGCUUUUGUAAAGGCCGUUAUGAGCCUGCCUUUGUCCGUUACCCCCUGCAGGAAGCUAUGAUGAAAGAUACGUUGGAAAGAGCAAAAGAGCCGAACCUGAACUUGAAAGGAUACCUGCAAGAAGCUUAUAUUCAUCCUGUUUUCAAAGGUGGUGAUCAUGAUGAUGAUGACAGUGUGCUUGGAAAGUUGGAGGGAGAAGUCAUCAUAGUGCCAACGAAGCGCCAGUCGAGGAGGAACACUCCUGCUCCAAGCAGGAUCAGUGGCGAGUCUUCUCCGUCUUUGGCCGUGUUUAACGGUAAAGAAGUCUAG